AUGACUCCCACCAACCACGACUCCAAGGACACAAAGGAGGUGGCCUCUCCGUCGCCAAAGAUCUUUGCUGACGAGAAGAAGAAGACGGAUACUGGCCUCAGCAGCUCAGACUCUGGUUCAGUCUCCCAAGAGUCACUCGUUGAUGCUGAUGGUUAUGGCUCAACCAACGAUCACAUCUUUUCUGAUCCGGCUGUGGCAGAUCACUGGCGCACCACAUACGAAAAUGUAAAUUACGAGAACAGACAUCGCUUCGACCCCAGCUUUACCUGGUCGGCCGAGGAGGAGCGGAAGCUGGUCAAGAAGAUUGACCGUAGGAUCAUGCUUUGGUACGUACCUACCACACACUCUUUCCCAAAUGGAAUUCUCUUACUAAUGAAUUCGGUCUACAGGGCAUGGAUCAUGUUUUGUGGUCUCGAUUUGCAUCGUCGAAACAUCAACCGCGCCAUUACGGAUAGGAUGCUGGAAGAGAUUGGCAUGGACACGAACGACUUCAAUUACGGCCAGACCUUGUUCUUGGCGUCUUUCUUGGUGGCAGAACUUCCAUCUGGGCUCAUCAGCAAGAGGGUUGGUGCUGACCGUUGGAUUCCCUUCCUCAUCUGCAGCUGGUCCAUUGUGGCUGGCUCGCAGGCGUUCCUCAAGACCAAAGCUGGAUUUUAUGUCAUUAAGGUGUUAUUGGGCUUCCUGAUGGGCGGGUUCAUCCCCGACAUCGUGCUGUGGCUCACCUACUUCUUCAAGUCCAACGAACUGCCCACCCGUCUCGCCUGGUUCUGGACGGCCCUCAGCACGGUGAACAUUGUCGGUUCUCUUCUCGCUGCUGGCAUCCUCAAGAUGCGAGGAAUUGGUGGCUGGAGUGGUUGGCAGUGGCUCUUUCUGCUCGAAGGCAUCGUGACACUCCUUAUCGGCACCUUUUCGUGGGUUCUCAUGCCCCCCGGACCCUGUCAAACCCGUAACUGGUUCCGGGGCAAAGACGGCUGGUUUUCAGACCGCGAGGAAUUCAUCAUUGUGAAUCGGCUGCUCCGCGAUGACCCCUCCAAGGGCGACAUGAACAAUCGCCAGGGUGUUGGUCUUGUCCUCCUCUGGAAGACCAUCAAGGACUGGGAGAUGUGGCCGCUGUAUCUCAUUGGUUUGACCACCUACAUCCCCCCCUCGCCCCUCAACACCUACAUGUCCUUCAUUUUGCGACAAAUGGGCUUUGGCGUCUUUGAAGCCAACUUGAUGGCCAUUCCAGCUCAGUUCAUGUUUGCCGUCAACUUGCUCAUCAUCACUUGGGUGUCCAAGCGAUUCAAAGAGAGGUCAAUCGUCUCCUCCAUCAGCAACAUUUGGAUGUUUCCCUUCUUCGUGGCCUUGGUCGCAUAUCCGAAUGCUUCUCCAUGGGCUCGCUAUGGAAUCAUGACUGGUCUUUUGUCCUACCCUUACUGCCACGCCAUUCUGGUCGGCUGGAACGCACGCAACAGCAACGCGGUCCGGACAAGAGCCGUGUCGGCUGCCCUUUACAAUAUGUUUGUCCAGAGCGGCAACAUCCUCGCCAGCAACAUUUACCGUGACGAGGAUAGGCCGUUUUACGUUCGUGGAAACCGGAUUCUGCUUGGUAUUGUCUGUUACAACAUUGUGCAGUUUUACUUUGUCAAAGCCUUUUACAUCUGGAGGAACAAGCUGAGGGACGCCAAAUGGAAUGAGCUCACACCGGAGCAACAGGAGGAUUAUACUCUCAACAGCAAGGACGAGGGCCUGAAAAGACUGGAUUUCCGGUUUGCUCACUGA